AUGGUCUACACACUCACCGUCCACCUCCACGCAAACGACCACCCGGACUCGGUCGAACGCAUAAAGGCGAAGCUCAUCGAGGCCUCGCGCGUCUACUCCAAGGACCGCGAGACCGUCAGCUGGUUCGUCAUGCAGGACGUCCACGACCCCAGGUCCUUCACCAUUGUCGAGCGCUUCGAGACGGAAUAUAGCCAAAAGUACCACCUCGAGAACCCUUACUGGAAGACCUUUGACCCCUAUGUUGUACCUUUGCUCGACCGCCCAAUGGACCUGAGAAGACAUGAGGAGCUGGAUACUUCCAAGGACGUUGUCGUGCCUCAGUAA